UAUACAUAUAUACAUUCAUGUAAACUCCCCUAUAUAUACACCAAAACUUAAACAUCCCCACCAACCAAAUUAAGUACUACUCAUCAUUCUAUAUAUAUAGUUCUCUAUUAAUUUCUUCACAACUUCACUAUAUAUAUAAUAAAUAAUUAUGUCAGACUGGGGCCCAGUGUUCGUGGCAGUGGUGCUGUUCGUGCUGUUAACCCCAGGACUGCUAUUCCAAGUUCCAGGGCGCCAUGGGUGUGUGGAGUUCGGCAACUUCCAGACCAGUGGAGCUUCCAUUCUCAUUCAUUCUCUUCUUUACUUCGCUCUCGUUUGCAUCUUCUUUCUCGCUGUCAAACUUCAUCUCUACAUCAGCUAGUACUCUCUUACAUUUAUAUAUUAAUUGUACUAGCAGCUAGUACUACUACAGUAGUUCCAUUAUUCCAACUGUUUUUGUAACCAUACCAUAAUAAAUGUUGAAAAUGGCUUAUUAAGAAUUAGUCCAACAUGAGAUUAAUUCUAAGCUCUUUUCAUACUAGAUUAUUGGCUUUUGUUUCGUUUCUUCA